GGCUGCCGCCCGCACCAAAGGCCCGCAGGGGGUGCCCGAGGGAGCCGUGCCCGGCGCAGGGCAGGGAGGCCGCGGGGCCCAGGGCAUUCCCCACCCGCUGCCAUGGGCUCUCCUGCCCGCCGGGCGCGGGUUGUUACAUGCCGGGCAGCACCCUGUCCCAUAUAAAAGCCCAGAGGAGGGUGAGGGCCUGGCCGGGGGUGGUUCCGAGCGGGCGCUGCGGUGCCAUGGAGGCGGCCGAGGCCACGGCGAAGGCGCUGCGGGCACCCAAGUGCUCCCGCUGCCGCAACCACGGCUUCGUGGUGCCCGUCAAGGGCCACGCCGGGCACUGCCGCUGGAAGAUGUGCCUCUGCGAGAAAUGCUCGCUCAUCAGCGAGCGGCAGAAGAUCAUGGCAGCCCAGAAGGCGCUGAGGCAGCAGGAGAUGGAGCCGCCGGCCAGGGCGGGCGCGGAGCCCGUUCCGUCGGGCGAGGGCCGUGGGGCGGCAGCCCGGGAGGACGGUGCCCCCGAGCACUUCAGCCACGAGAGGAAGAAGGGCGCCCAGCCCGACAGCGGCGGCAAGGGCACGGCAUGCUGGGGACCACCGCCACCUCCCUUCAGGGACGACGCUCACCCUGCUUUUCCUCCAGAAUACACUGUCAACCCAGAAUACCUGGAGAGAGAAAUCCCAAAAGUGUACCCUGGGUGUUCUGGGGUAUAUCCUUACCACCCAUUUCCCCUGGGAUUUGCCAUCAAUGAGUCAAGCAGUGGGGAAGCAGCAUCACCUCCAGGGAUAUCACUUCAGAGAGGAUUCCGACACAUUCCUAGCAGCUAUGUGCCCGGGAAUGCUACCACUGUAUCGGUUCCAGAUGGAGCUGGAGAUUUCCAUCAAGGAUAUUACACUCCUCUGCGUCAGUUAAUCCCACCAAGUUUUCUGACAGGGAUUCAUUACAUCCCAGCUCCAGUUUCACUGAACAUCCUGGCUGAAACAACCAAGGAAGUACAUGCUACUGAAGCUGAUGGUGAGGAUACAGGGAUGGUUCACGAACGUGGCCAACCUCCUUCCCCAGAAUAAACAAGAAGAGACCAAUCUGUAUAUUAUACAAAAUAAAUGGGCUGGAGAAGAGCUGAGAGCAGGCAGCACUGUUUUAAUUUCUGAGUGUUAGUUAAUGCAGGUAGAGUGACACUUAAUCACUGAGCAGUCACAACAGCUAGAAGGGGAUUAGUCCCCUGCCUCACUUUAUGAUCAAUGUUUGAGCUACCAGGCUCACAGCUCUGCCUCCCAAGCACUACAAAGUCCAUGUUCCUAAAAGGUUAUCCAGUGAAAGCAACAAGUGAUUAUGACUCUGAAUUUGUUCCUCUGCUGAGGUUACCUGGCUCCCAGACCACGGUCUCUGAGCCAUGUGCAUUCUGCAGCAUUUUCAUGUUCAUGACAGUAGUCAGAAAGAUGUUGUUUGUAUCAGUUUGCUGUAAAGGAAAUCUGGUUCUGAAUGUUACAGAAGAGUUAAGUGAUGUGGAGCCUGAAGACUGCAUGAGAGGGGAUGUGAAGACAGCCUGGGUUGCUGAUGCACUUGGCUGCCUAAGAAUGAGAUUGAGCAAGGGAAGGGAAGGGUGGGUGCUGCUCUGGAAGGUCAUGGCAGGAAUGUGUGGAAAGGCCUGGUGCCUCCACAUUGUUUCUGGGUCCUUCAAGGCACCUUCUGUGUAGAUUAGGGACAAAGUUAUUUGGAAUCACCUCUUGUCACACAGGCUUCACAUCUGACAUUUUGAAUGUCCUUGAUGAUUUAUACAUGAUUUCAGUGUUGUUUAACUUGUGACAGCUGAAGCUGAGCAGUACUGUUUGUGUUUCUAAAGGGCUCCUGUAGACAGCUUUACAUGUGUGUACUGGAAGUGCGCUGUGGCGUAACCAAGGUGUGGAGAGAUUUGCCCAGGACAAAACAUCACUUAAAAUAAUAAUUAGUCAAAUCCAUCCAUACUAUAAUUGUCAAUAAUAAUCUUUAACUAAAAAUGAAUGGUAUAUUCCUCUGCUGUUUUGCCUGGAUGAAUUGGUUUUGUAUCAAGUGGAUGAGCUGUUAAGGUUUGAAUAAUUGGGGUGGGACUUUUGUAUAAUUAAAAAAGAUACAUUAAACUGUUGUUGUGGUUUGA